AUGUUGAUCUUGGUAUUGACUUCAUGUCUGACGUCAUUACUUAUGUGCUGCAUUGAGUGUCACACAAUAAGAGAUACAAACAGACUGCUAAGAGAAAAACUUGCAGACUAUAAUAAAAAUACGAGACCAACGUUCGACCAAUCAAAACCGACAGUAGUGAACUAUAGAUUAGAAAUCAUUUACAUUCAAGAGUUUGAUGAAGUAAAACAGAAAUUUUCGUUUAAUGGUCUUCCUAGGCUUUCUUGGAUUGAUGAAGAAAUGAAAUGGAAUCCGGCUGAAUACGGGGGAUUAGACUCUCUUCUUACGGCGUCUGGUCCUUUCUGGAAACCGGAUCUAUCGUUAGCCAACAGUGUCGGUGGAAUAGAACCUAUCGCAGCCGACGAACAGAAAAUACGCUUUUUAUCCAACGGGUAUGUUAGCUAUAAACCAGGGAAUUUAUUUUCAAGCGCGUGCGAUGCCGACAAAGAAAGCCACGGUACGCCAUCGUCAAUGUCAUUCUUUCCGAUUAUAUUUUUGGCGUAUCUAAACAACGUUGUUUUUGUCAUUCCUGCUGAAUGUGGUGAAAGGAUAUCGUACAGUAUAACUGUUUUACUUGCAAUUGCCGUAUAUCUAACAAUCGUUGGUGAUAAUUUACCUAAAACGUCUUUUCCAAUGGCAUACUUCAGUUACUAUCUACUUGCUUUGUUAAUAACAAGCAUUUGUAUAACCCUGGCAACAAUUUUCAACCUGCGGAUUUACCAUUACACUACAUCCGACCCAGUUACAGGGAUGUUGGGAAAAGAUCACAUCUUGUUUAAUUUGCAGGAAGACGAAACGUAA